AUGUCGUCGCAACCGGUGCUAGCAGCAAUUUUCAUCAGUGGAAAAGGUGGCGCAUCCCACAUAAUUGUCGUUCUGGAGAGGUGGACCGACUGCCAGGACGGGAUGUUCCCCGGAGAUAAGCUUGUUUUUAACCGUGACGUCCAUGCCGAGCUCAAGCUCAAGACUGGCCAUGGAGAGCACCUCUCGAUGAAUCCCAUGUCGCAAUUCUUGAGAACUACAGCUGUUAUAACCUUUCCCAUUUCGACGUCCCAUAACCUCACUUUCCCAUCAUCUCUUCCACCUGCAACACUUUCGCUGUUCGGAGACAAUGCUAUAGUGGUCACUCUUACUGCCCCGACUGCUGUGAGACCUCCGACAUUUUUCCCGACACACACACCCAGGAAGUCUAUGGUCGAUGAUGCAAAGAUUUACCCCACGCACGCGCUGCCUUUCUCUCAUAUGCAGCAUUUUGUGGUGCUCAUCUUUUGA